AUGGCAAUCGAUGAUACAAAGCGUUCGCGUAUCAUUUCCUCAUAUGCAAGCGCAGUUCUUGAUAUUCCGCCAGACUCGGAUAAAUGGGACUUCAAACUUCUUACUACUUGGUUACUGCUACUUCGUGAUUAUUACGCGCAAGAGAUACCCGGGUUCAUUUACCUCAGACCGACUACCAGUUCAAAUCCAGAUUGGGUGCACGUCUCGAAGGACCUGCGAGCCCAGGUGCUCUCGAUCGCCAUCGAACCGGAAGCCUCAGUGUCUAGCACUCAGCAUCUCGUAUCCCAGGAGGUUGGGAAACAACAGGAUGAUGGUUCAGUCAAAUUGAAUCACAAGACCUGUGUUUUGAUGCUACGGGAUGAUGAAAUCGAAGCCAAUGGGUCUCAUCAGGAGAUAGCCAAGAUCUUCGAACGUUUGAAGGUGGAAUUGCUGUUGACUAUUUCAACAUCUGGAGGGGCAUCUAUUGCCAGUAUUUGGAACGAUGCCUUGAAACAACCAGCGUUCAGCCCCUGCAGAGUGCUAAAGAGCUUCACCCAAAUCUUUGAGCAAGUGUCUUCUCAGCCAAAUAUCAAAGCCGACGAGAUCUUUUGCGCCACUGAUCUCGACAUUGAGAGUAUGUGCUCUUUCAAUUCCAAGAAAGAUGUCAAAAAUGCGGAAAUCCCGGAGUGCCUCCAUGUUCUCAUCAACACACAUUACAUGGAGCAUCCCCAAAAGACUGCGCUCUCAUCGUCGACGAGAGAUAUGUCAUAUCUUGAGCUGGGCCAGAAAUCGGCUGCCGUUGCACAGAUACUCGUGAACAGAGGUGUCAGGCCUGGCGAAACGGUUGGGAUUUGCCUGGAAAAAUCCAUUUGGACAAUUACUAUCCUACUCGGAAUCCUCCGCGCUGGGGCCGCAUACGUUCCUAUGGACCCAUCCUAUCCACCUGGUCGCAUUACGCAAAUUCUCGCAAGAGCUGAUAUUCGACACCUGGUGAUCAGUGACACACUGCGCAAAAAGUUGGGAGACAUCAUGGCAGAAAGCAUCGUCUUGUCUGAAAAUGAAGAUUUGCACAUCCCGCAUGACUGGAGCAAAGAGAAAUACAAGGAAAUCCACGAUCCGGCGUAUAUUAUAUUCACAUCUGGCAGCACCGGUACUCCAAAGGGAGUUAUUCAGCACCACAAAGCUGUAUCUCUCAGCUUGGUUGAAUGCAUCGAGGCGUUUGAAAUUAACAGUUCGACUCGAUUCAUGCAGUUUUCGUCCCUGGCAUUCGACGCUAGUAUCCUUGAGUUGUGGUCGCCACUGGUUGCUGGUGGAUGUGUGUGCGUACCUUCUGAAGAAGAAAGAAGUAGCGAUCUGGAGUCGACAAUGCGAAUGCUCAGAGUGACAGAUGCCUGGUUGACAGCUGGACUCGUGAAACAACUACAACCGGAAAAUCUACCCGACCUGGCAAGACUUUCCGUUGGAGGAGAAGCCCCUUCUGAAGAUGUGAUAACGACCUGGGGUAACCGAGUCAAGCUUAACAAUCUUUACGGCACCACUGAGGCUGGAGUCUGGGACACUGCAAAGCUUGCUAUGGAGCCAGGCGACAAUCCUAGAAACAUUGGAAGAGGUAUCGGCAAAGUCUCCUGCUGGAUAGCGGAUCCUUCCAACGCUCAGAGACUGCGACCAGUUGGAGCAGAAGGAGAGCUCCUCGUUCAGAGCCCGUAUCUGGCCCACGGCUAUUUGAAGGACCCAGAACUUUCGGCCGGCGUUUUUCUUCAUCCGUCCUCCUUGAAGUGGGGAUCACUGGUUCCCAUUUCAGAAGGGUCUCGAAUUUAUAGAACGGGGGACCUAGCGAAGUUCACUGCCGAUGGAGAUAUUGUUUUUCUGGGUCGGCAGGGCGGGUUCAUCAAAAUACGAGGUCUACGGGUUGACCUGGGCGAGGUCGAGCAUGCAAUCAACUCAACUGCCAGCGUAUAUCGCUCGGCCAUAGUCCUCUCCAAGGAUGGAGGAAGCAACGUGGAAAUGGCUGCUUUCGUCGAAACGACAGAGAAAAUCGAAACUCAACUCGCAGAUGUACUCCAUACUCGGCUGUCUAAGGUCCUGCCGUCAUACAUGAUCCCCACCAUGUUCAUCCCAGUGGAAAAAUUGCCGAUGACAACAUCGAAAAAAAUCGAUCGACCGCGACUGCGAAGAGAUCUAUCACAGAUGAGCCAGAAAAGCCUUGAACGGUUCCGCAAGGGAGGAUCUGUUGCAACAGAAUACUCUACAAUACCCUCUACAAAGCCGAGGGCAAUUGAGAUCAGUUGCAUGGUUGCCGACCUACUUACAAGCAGGGACAAAAUCUACGCAGACUCAUUUCGUGGGAAGGAUUUUCCCCUGGAGACCGUUGGCCUGUCAUCAAUGCAACUGGUCUCUCUGGCAACUUUGUUGAGGAAGCGAUACAACAAGAAAAUCACAAUUGGAAGCUUGCGAUGCCAUGCAUUGACUGUUUGUGAUGUUGAAGACCUUGUUUUGAAGGGGAAAAAGGAGACUGCCGAUGGAAUUGAAGCACGAAAUUUGAUUGAUGAUCUCACCAAGCUCAAGCCGAAACUUCCUUUUGCUUAUUCACGGAGAAAGACGGUUUUCCUUACAUCGAUAACUGGAUUCUUGGGCAGUCAAAUUCUGCGAUCUCUUCUACGCAAUCCAGAAAUUGAGCAUAUCAUUGGUCUAGUGCGAGCAAAAACUGAAGAGGAGGCACGAGGAAAGGUAGAGCAUCAAGCAAAGCUCGGACAAUGGUGGGAGCCAUCGUUUUUCAAUCGCAUCGAAGUGUGGUUGGGGGACCUGGGUAAACCGCAACUUGGCUUGAACACCUCCCACAUGAACCGACUCUGGGGAAGACACGGCCACAGUCCUGUCGAUGGAAUCGUUCAUAAUGGAGCUAGAGUCAAUUGGAUAGAAAGCUACGAAGAGCUGGAGCCAGUGAAUGUUCACAGCACACUUGAAAUCUUGUCAGGACUCUCAGAGAUGACGUUCCCUUGCCCACUGAUCUACAUUUCUGGCGGCUACAUGCCAACUGAGCAAGAAUCGCUCUCUGAGGUGGCCAAAAAGCUCUCGAGCGCGCCGGGCUAUGAUCAAACAAAGUUCAUGUCCGAGCUACUCCUUGAAGAGUACAACAAGCAUUUGGACAAGCAGAAAGGGAACAUCCCGAAGGCGCGAACAAUCAUCCCAGGCUUCAUCGUCGGAACACGCCAAGAGGGGAUUGCCCAUCAGGAAGAUUUCUUGUGGAGAUUUGCUUUCAGCAUUGCUCGUCUUCAAGCUGUGAGCAAGGACCUUCUCGGUCAUCUUAACGUUGCUGGCGUGGACCAAGUGUCCAACCUCGUCACAGAUGUUCUCUUACAGCCAGACCGAUAUGAUAAGCACACGCUCAAAUGUUUCGACGGGAUUAAUGUUCUGACACUCUGCAAUAUCCUUGAAGACAAACUGAACAUCAAGAUUAAGAAGUUCGACCACUCGGAGUGGAUGGAGAUCCUGCGAUCUGACAUUGAUCAGGCAGACUUCGACCAUCCCUUUGCACCUGUGUUUGAAUGGCUGCAAGCAAACCCCUUGGGUACUGCGUCUCAAGGCUCCCUUUUCAAUGAGCAGGAGACUGUGACGGCUCUGGAAAGAAGUGUGGAGUAUCUGGUGGGAAUUGAUUACUUUUUGGAGGGCAGCCACAAAUCGGGACCAGGCAAGUCUGUGGGGUUCAGCCGGUCAAACUUCUGA